AUGCCGGUCAUCCUGGGUGAGGCCCGCAUUUUGACCUCUCCCCAGUCCAUCGUGCGGAUCCUAGAGAUGCUGUUUGGAUGUGUGACCUUCAGCCUGGUGGUGUCAGCCGACAGCAGCUUUCUGGACAAGGGUCCUCACUGGUUCCUGUGCAUGUUCAGUUGGUGCUUCUUCUUCGUGCUCACCGGCCUAAUCCUCUUGGUGGAGUUUGUGCAGUUUCAAAGCCUUGUGCCUCUUUCUUGGAAAAAUCUACCCAUCAGCAUGGCUUUCUUGGGUGCCCUGAUGACCUUGAGUGCCUCAGUCUGCUUCCCACUGUUUGUGAUCAAAGAGAGCUGCUUUGAAAAAUCGUCCUGCGGCCACUUGGUCAGUGCCACCAUCUUCUCCUGCUUCAGCUUCCUGUCGUACAGUGCUGAGGUCUACAUGACCAAGGUAAGAAGUGAGGCUCACAGUGGCUACAUGUCCACCACCCCUGGAUUUCUCAAGGUGUUUGAGGUUUUCUGCAGCUGUAUGAUUUUUGUCAGUGUGGAUACAGAGGUGCUGGACAAUCUGAGGGUCUACCCACUCUUCUGGUGGAGUCUAGUGGUGUACAGCUGCUGCUUCCUCAUGUCUGUCUGCACUAUUGUUGUUAUGCUGGGCGAAUGCACUGGACGGUGCCUUGUCCCCUUUGACAGGAUCCUGGCAGCCUUUAGCAUGUUAUGUGUCGUCAUGUACGUCACAGCUACAGGUUUCUGGCUUUGGCACCUGGUGAACACGCAACAAAAUAUAAGUCCCCAAAGCCUAUGGAGAAACAGUCUGACCAUCACCAUCAUCACCUGCCUCAACCUCCUGACCUACACUGUGGACCUGGCCUUCUCCAUCAAGUUAGUCUGCUACAGGACUUGA